UGUUGUUGUUGUUGUCGUUGUCGAAAAAUUGCCGAGUAAUCUACGUAAGUAAUUUGAUGCUUAGUAAAUGUUUUACAAGACAUUCUAGCAUAAGCGUAGGUAUCUCUUUAACGGUGCAGUACUUUGAAUAACACUGCUCUAAGGUAUAUUUUAUUGUCUGUGUGUUUCUUACAACCUUCACUUCUUUUUGACUUAUUUCUACUUAAUUUUUUUUUCUUAUGAAAAUAAUGUUUUAAUAAUUUGUUAUUGUUUUCAUUUGUUGUUGUUGUUACUGUUGUUGUUGUUACUGUUGUUGUUGUUAUUAUUUUCAAUUUCUCAGCUCAGCCGCAUUAAUACUUUACGUAAAUCUUUGCAAUGGUGCAUAUACUCAUAUACAUAUAAACAUACACAAACACAUAUACACACCUUUUAUAAAUUUUUUCUUCUAUUUGAAACUUAAAAAAAAAAAUCUGUUAAAAAAAGUAAAUCACAGUCAGUUCAACUCUUAAGCCAAUCAAGUCAUACAGUUAAUAGUUCACUUUCGAGUAUCGUAAACUUUUUUUAUUUGUCAGUCUGCGGUUAUUAGUCAGUCUUUUAAGCUCUUUACAGUCGUCAACAUGAGAAUUAAAUCAUUGCUUGUAUUGUCGUGUUACGUUGUAUUGUGUUCGCUAGUGUUUGGUCAUCCAGCAGAUACAAAAGUUUUGGCAAUUGAUGCUGCACCAUCUGUUGUAUCAUAUCAAGGCUCUGCCCAGUCUUAUGCUCACUUAGUGAUUUCACCUCGUGGUCGCGCUCUGGGCUAUGUGGCGCCAUUAAAUCUCAAUCACACUGUUCACCAUACUGAAAAAGUUAAAGAGAGUUUGGAAUACUUAGACAUAAGACCGGUUUAUAAAUCGCAAUAGAGUGUGAUUUUAGAAUAAUAUGCAAUAAUGUAUAUUUAAAUAUAUCCAUACACUUCGCCUUAUGAAAGCUUAACUAUGAACAUUUGUUUGUUAAGUUUAAGAGGUUUAAUGUAUUCUUGUAAAUAAAAGUUAAUUUUUUUUUUUUUUUUUCAUAUUUAUUAAACAUAUAUAUAUAUAUAUAUAAUUAUAUAUACGUACAAUAUGAAAGCUAUUUCUAAUUACAGCCAGUAAAACAAGUUAAUUGCAUUGGUGCGUAAGCAAAAAACUUAUCUUUGAUUUCGCAUGUAAAAGGAAUAGUCGUCAAGUGUAAUGCAAUAAAACCCGAUUAAAAGAUGA